AUGUCCAAUGCCAAAGGCAAGGGCAAGGAGGUCGAGCCGCUUCCUGGGCCCAGCAGUGGUAGCGCGAACCCUGCUGCCUCACUCUCCAGCCUCUGGGCAUAUCUCCUCCCCGCGCUAAACCACAUCGUGAAGAGCCCGACGAAUGACCCCCACUGUAAGAAGGCACCCUCUAUUGACAUGGUGUUUUACUCGGGCAUCCACACGGCGUGUUACAAUUACUUUACCUCCCAGAGCGAGAACAAGGCCAACACGCCUGCGGCGCGUGCGAACGGCGAGGUGGCCAGCGGGAACGACCUCUACGAGCAGCUGGACAAGUAUUUCCUGGAGACUGCGAGGGAAAUUAUGCUCGGAGUGCCCCAAGACGAUACUGCGCUGGUGGACUACAUCGUUCCCUGUUUCAACCGCUACUCUGCCGGGGCACUUUCUGUCAACCGCCUUUUGAACUAUGUCAACCGUCAUUAUGUCCGGAGGGCAGUUGACGAAGACCGCGGUUGGCUUCGUCUCAAUGAUAUUGUCGAGUCCGUCGCCAAAUCGCUUUCGGCCGAAGACUCGCGCGACAAGAUAUCUGAGCUGCUUAAGGAGAAGCGUGUCGAUGAAUUGAAGAAGUGGGGGUACAAAGCUGACGGGAGUGGAGAGACCCUUGCUGCUGCGGAGGCUUCCGCUGAGGCUGCCAGUGCACCAGACAGAAUCAUUUCGGUUGCUUCACUUGCCCAUCGCCGCUUUCGAACGGAAGUAUUCGAGCCCUUGCUGGCAGUCCCCGUCAUCAAGGGCCCGAAACCGAAAAAGAAAAUCCCCAAAGCGAAUGGUGCACCCCCGCCCAUCCCCAAAGGCCGUCUUGCUCGAUCUGUGAAGGAGUUGCUCGAGUCAAAGGGUGGUGAUGAGGAAGAGAGGGCUAGGCUGGCUAAGGACCUCGCUACCGCUCUUCGUUUGGUUGGAAUACGCACGGACCAUGCCCUCCGAAAGCGUCUUGAUAAAUUCGUCGCGACUGCCUAA